CUCUCUGAGACUUGGCUUUGCUCUGCCGAAAUCCCAUACGCUGGCACCAUUUUUCUGCUGCGGAAAGCUUCUUGGAAAGCUGGAAGGCUAAUCGAUCUUAUGGGUUUGGGAAGAUGAGCUUGCGGUUGAUGUUUCUAUGAUCGGAAAGCGCUGAAGCAAUCGAUUCUGGUUUCAUGGCUGAAGCGGUAGGCGUUCUACAGGGCCAAAGUGACUGCACAAAUUCAAAUUCUUUGAAUGGGAUUUUGACAAAAGAUCAAGAUUCAUAUGGAGAUAAAGUUGAAAUGACACCAAAGGUGAGAAAACCUUAUACCAUAACUAAGCAGCGUGAGAGGUGGACAGAAGAUGAGCACAAGAAGUUUCUUGAAGCUGUACAACUCCAUGGCAGAGCUUGGCGUUGCAUUGAAGAGCAUAUUGGAACCAAGACUGCAGUGCAAAUUCGAAGCCAUGCACAGAAGUUUGUCUCUAAGAUGGCUCGAGAAGCAAAUGAUAAUGGAACUGGAAAGAUGAAGCCGAUUGAAAUUCCACCUCCUCGGCCGAAAAAGAAACCAACCCGUCCAUACCCUCGCAAACAGGUUCUUUCCUCCACCAAGGAGAUUACGAUUCUUGGGAAGUUAGAGAGGUGUUCAUCAUCUGUUUUCUCUGUCUCGGAACAAGACGGAUCACCAACAUCAGUUCUAUCUGUAGUUGGAUCAGAGUCAAUUGAUGCAUUGCUGUCAAAUAACCCAAAUGGUUGUGCAUCGCCAGGGGGAUCUGCACUCGGAUCAAAUAAUCAUGAGAGUGGAAUUCCAUCAUCCAAAAACUCAGUUGAAGGAGAUGAUAAACACCUGUCAUUAGGCUUAACACCUGCUGGGCUAACAACUGAAGAUGAACCUACAAUGGAGUUCGAUAUGAAUUGUUCCAUGGAACGCAUCCAUUCGAAAGAAGCUUCUUCAGAAGAACAAACAGGACCAACUCUAAAACUUUUUGGGAGAACAUUGAUUGUCGCCAACUCCUGCAAACAAUUUUCCACAGAAGCCGCCGAUGCCGAUCACAGAGCAUCCCAAGGCAUGAUUGCUGAAAGCAAUUGCAAUGCUGGGAUGGAAUUGGAUUCAGGAAAGCUAGCUGAAGAGGUCAUCAAUGGAGGCUUUUCAACGAAUGGCACAUGGCCUGGGGGUUAUCUUCCACCAUACUAUUGCUGGCCUCCCUUAUAUGGCAAUGCAGCAAACUCAACCGGCGAAGCUCGAGUUUUUCCUCUGCCAUGGCUGCCUUUCUAUCCAAACAUACCAUUUACUUACGCCUAUUCGCAGCAACAAACGAGAUCAAGAGAAGAUCUGAAUCAGUCUAAUUUGCAGAAUGAGUGCUCAGGUACUGGUUCUAACACCGACUAUGAAGGUGCUAAUGCCGUUGAAUCAAAGCCAGAUGAGUGCAGAGAUAAGAAGGAAGUGGAGUUCUUCAUUGUGCAAAAUGAAAGCAAAACUGAUAAUGGAAGAGCAGUGAAGUGUAGCAAGGGAUUUGUACCAUAUAGAAGGUGUGAUUUGGAAGUGUGCGUCCGCAUUUAAUUGAGAUUUAGGCUUUGUUUGGGACGGCUUUUUUACUGCUUCUUAAACAAUUUCUUAGCACAAAAUUUAAAAAUUUUGUACUGAAAAACUGUUUUAAGUAGUAAGAAAGUCGUCCCAAACUAAGCCUCAGUAUCACCCCAACCUGUGAAGAUGUGCUUGUAGAUCACUCACUAACAGUAAUUUUACUGCAAAGAUGGAGCUUUUGGGAUGAUAA